UAUGAAUUCUGCCUGGUAGCCUCACUUCAACCUCAAACUCAUGUCAGGCCAUGCCGGGUCAUGCUAUGUUUUAGAGAGUGCACUUUUCCAACGUGGCGGAAGCAAUUGUGCUUGCACAUGCGGAAUAACUCGGGUUUCAGAUAUCCAAUUAUUUAUGUUAUCGAUAUUUAUAAACUGCGGACGUGUUGAAUAUCGACUACAUAACUCUGUGCUGUAGCGUGGAAUUCUACAAACAUACGUACAAGUGAACGAUGAGUGAUGAAAACGCACAAAAAAUGGCCCAAGAUGCCGUUCGUUGUAGUCAAUGUACAAAUGUGGUCGUUGUUCAUUGUAGAAGUUGUGGUCUUAACCUUUGCAGAGACUGUAGAAAUAAACAUUUAGAAAAUGAGGCAUUGAAGCAUGAAAUUGAGCCGUACAAGCCACAGGUUUCCUCUCCAGACAGAUGUAGUGAUCAUUCGAAAGAAAACGUCCUGUACUGUCAGGAUUGCACAGUUCCUAUUUGCUUUCAGUGUCUUUUGGGAAACCAUGAGGGUCACAGAACUGUCAAUUUGUCCAAAAUUACAACAGCAACUCAAAGCGUCGUCCAAAGCGACUUAUUGGAAUUAAAGCAUUUCAAAAGUGAAUAUGAAAAUGUUGUGCAGAAAAUGAUAGAAAAGUUUUCUGAGUACGCAGAUCGCAAUAAGAAAGAAGCAGAUACUCUAGAAGAGUUGAGGAAAGCUUGGCAUGAGAAAGUUGAUGUCACGAUAGACAAAUUUAGAAAGGAUGUUGAUGGCAUGAUUAAAGAAGACAAGAAACACAUGCAGGAUAGCAUCGAAGAAAUUCAAGCAAUUUUAAAACAUGUGGAAUUCUGCAUUCAGGAAAACGAGAAACUUUUGAAAGAUAACAACAUCUUGAAUCUCCUAAAGUACGAUUCAAUGGUCGAGGAAUUGCGACUUGUUCCUAGUAGAAUAGUCAUCUUACCACCGAAAAUAAUUCCGUCAGAUAUUUCGGAAGAACAGAUUAUUAACCAGAUUUUGACACUCAAACCCUCCAGUCGAACAACUCUACCAGAAUUUGCCAUAAGUAAAACCUGUGGGGUAUCGGCUGUAUCAGCCCGCAUGUUACUGGAAGAACCAAAACCUCUAGCUAUUAUAAAAACCGACAGCGGAAAAUUAAAAGGAAUUUGUUGUGAAUCAACAAAGGGAGUGUGGGUUUAUGGAGAUGAUGAAAAACUUAAGCAGUAUAGCAAACACGGUACUCUGCUGAAUUCCAUUAUGGCGAUUUCGAGAAAUAGUCAGAAAGACAUUGCGGUAAACAAACACGGCGAUGUUGCUUUUCCACACAUAACGGAUGAAUGUGUUAAAUUAGUCAGAAAAGAUCGCAUCGAGAAGAUGAUAGAAAUGAUAGGCUGGAUUCCAUUUGGUCUUUGCUUCAACAAAGAAGACGAAUUGAUGGUCUGCAUGCGACGAAACGACUACUCAGAGGCCAAGAUUGGCAUAUUUUCUGGAGGCAAAUUGAAAAAAGAAAUUCAAUUUGAUGACAACAAAAAGUCACUGUUUUCUGUAGGCCGGAACAACAUGUAUAUCACCGAAAAUGGAAACGGGGACAUUUGUGUGUCAGACUGGAACGCCUCAGCUGUCAUCGUUACCAAGAAAUCCGGGGAAUUCCGAUUUCGGUACACCGGAAGUCUCUCUCGCAGCUACAAAGAAUUCUAUCCUCAUGGAAUAGAUACCGACAACUAUUGUCGUAUCCUUGUUGUUGAUCGCAAUAAUGAUUGCGUCCACGUCGUUGACAGGAACGGGAAGUUCUUACGGUACAUCAACUGCAGUUUGAAAGACCCCUUCGUUCUCAGCAUUGAUAGUGACGAAAACCUGUGGGUUGGAGAGAACAGUGAAUCGUGCAUCAAAAUUAUUAAGUAUUUGGAUUGAUACAGAAAAAAUAGUCACUGAAAAAAAUACCCUUUAUCAAUCUCCAAAAAAUUUUGUCUUUAUCUCGCAUAUGUGUGUUUUUAGUUUGAAUAUGCACUUACAAGUGUAUUCAUUUUCAUAAGAUGUUUUCGAUCCAUUGAGUAGGGGUUACGGUUCUUUAAAUGGUAAGAUGUUAGUGUUAAAUGCAUACACCCCUUGGUGGUACUUUUCACUAUUGCAUUUAACUGGAUGCCUUUAUGGAGCAGUUCAGAACAGAUGAUACAAAAUUUUAUUAAGUUGUUAUUAUACAAAUACGAUGAAUAAAUCUAACCGUGCGGAUUUUCAUUUUAGCUCUACUGGUCAGAGACCAGAAUUAAGAGCUUAUGCGAUAGUAAUGCGUCCGUUGUCCGUCCGUCUAGUUGUCCAUCCGUCUGUCUAGCUGUCUGUAACCAAUUUUUCAAAAUGCUACUCCUCCUACAGUUUUGGUCAGAUUUCAAUAUAACUUUGCACACAAGUAGACUAUACUAAGAUACAUAAUUCUGUGCAUCGGUUUACGAUUUCGAUGAACGGGGUUGCCGUGGUUACUAAAAAGAGAAAUUUCUGUUAAAUGUAUUUAAAAUGCUACUCCUCCUACAGUUUUUGUCUGAUUUCAAAAUAACUUGGCACACAAGUAGACUGUACUAAGAUACAUAAUUUUAUGCAUCGAUUUUUUUUAUUUCGAUGAUUGCCAUGGUAACUAGGAAUGGAAAUAUCUGUGAACUACUUUUAGAAUGCUACUCCUCCUCUAAUUUUGGUCUAAUUUCAAUACUACUUGAUACACAAGUAGACUACACUAAGAUACAUAAUUCUAUUUAUCGAUUUUUGAUUUCAAUGAACGGUGUUGUCGUGGUAACUAAAAAUAGAAAUUUCUAUAAAAUAAUUUAAAUUGCUAUUACAAAUACAGUUUUUAUUUGUUGAUAAUAUAAUGUAGCAUGCAGAUAGACUAUUUU